UCAAUUAAUUCUCUGUACAUAUAUCAGGAAAAUCAAAACAAACAAAACCGAAAUAUACAGAGGACAAGAACAAGAAGAAGAAAAGAAGAGAAAUUAAGGUUAAGAUAACAUGGGUCACCACUCGUGCUGCAACCAACAGAAGGUCAAGAGAGGCCUUUGGUCUCCUGAAGAAGAUGAGAAGCUCAUCAGAUACAUCACUACUCAUGGCUAUGGCUGCUGGAGUGAAGUGCCUGAGAAAGCUGGUCUUCAAAGAUGUGGCAAGAGUUGUCGCUUAAGAUGGAUAAAUUAUUUGAGGCCCGAUAUCAGAAGAGGGAGGUUUACUCCUGAAGAGGAGAAGUUGAUUAUUAGCCUUCAUAGUGUUGUAGGGAACAGAUGGGCUCAUAUAGCAAGUCAUUUGCCUGGAAGAACAGACAAUGAGAUAAAGAACUACUGGAAUUCAUGGAUCAAAAAGAAGAUACGAAAACCCUCGGCGCCUCAGACGGCCAUGUCGACACCUAGCACCACUACUACUGAGCAUUCCCAAAUAACUUAUGCCUCAAACCAACUAGAGUUAGUGAAUCAAGAAUUAACAACAAGACCACCAGUUCAUGAAACCCUUUUUUCUUCUUCGUGCCCUUUUUUUAUGUUUGACCCAACUCCACUGGAUGGGAUUACUGAUAAUGUACGAGGGGAGCUGUUUCAUGAACCAGCCAGCUUGAAUAACGAAACAUGGAAUUCAAACCAGCAUCAAAUUCAAUCACUUCCACCUUCAACUUCUUUCACAACUGGCAUUGAUGCUCAUUAUUUGCCGCCAUUAAUAGAGAACAUGGAAAACAUGGUGCCCAUUGAUCAUCAUAAUCAAGUGCAAUCUUGUAGCAUGGAUGAUGAAGGAGAGAUAGCACUUGACUGCUUACAGAGGCAAGAGUUGAAUGAAUGGGUUGAAUCUCAGCACUCGAACUUUCUAUUCUGGGAUAAUGUGGAAGGACCACUCGGUGGGGAAGACAUUGCACCAGCUUCUUCAAAUACGGGAACCACACUGUCUUCUUUCAUCAUUCCAGAGAAGAACCGUCGUGAGAUUUCCAAGUACCUCUUUCAAGAGGGUGUGUGCUAUGCAAAGAAGGACUACAAUUUGGCAAAGCACCCGGAUAUCGAUGUUCCAAAUCUACAGGUCUAAUUCAACUACGUCUCGAAGUUCAGUUUCCUCAUACAAGCACAGACCUUUGCUUGGAUGCAUUACUACUGGUACCUCACUAAUGAAGGCAUCGAGUUCCUCAGAGCUUACCUCAAUCUUCCCUCUGAAAUUGUCCCUGCCACAUUGAAGAAGCAGGCCAAGCCUGCUGGUAGUAGGCCCUUUGGUGGCCCUGGCGAUCGUCCACGUGGUCCACCUCGCUUUGAGGGAGAGCGGAGGUUUGGUGAUAGGGAUGGCUACCGUGGAGGUCCCCGAGGACCAGGUGGUGAUUUUGGUGACAAGGGUGGAGCUCCUGCUGACUACCAGCCUUCUUUCAGGGGUCCUGGUGGAAGGCCUGGCUUUGGUCGCGGUGGUGGUGGUUUUGGUGCAGGGCCAACAAGCUCAAAUCUUCCUUGAGAGAUGAUUACUGCCUCACGAGAGUUUUUAACAUUUUUUAUUACAAGCUUAAUUAAAUGUGGUUAUUCUAUUUCAUUAAUAGCAAUAUUUGCUCUGCGCUAGUUUGAGACUGUUACUGUGUGGGAAUUUUGUUAAAUAUUGAAUUUUGUUGGCUCAGAUCAAUCAGUUUUCUUUCCUCAA